AUGCAAGUGAACGACGCAACGACCCAUAUCCGCAGCAUCACUAAAAACUACAAUGGUCCACUCGGGAAGAAACGGAUCGCAUUCUGCAACAGAAACUACGGAAUCGCUGUGGCUAGGUUCGAGAAUGCUUGGGCACUUGCAUUGAACGGUUCGUUUCCGGACGCGGCUAGGCUGUCAGAGAUUGGCACACGUGCUGUGAUGGGCUGCGAAAACAUAUGGAAUAAAGGUGGUCCGGCUCAAAAAUCUCCUCUCACUCUCUAUAUCACCAAUGUCUCCAAAAUUUUAGAUAUCAUUCGUCUUCUUGUCCGCAAACUUGCGCCCUAG